CACGUUUUGCAUAUAUGGGAGGUGCUUAAGCGGAUGAUUGACAUAGGCCUCUAAAUCUACAUUGGUAAUUGCGAGCUCUAUACCGAGAGAACCAAGUACUUAGAGAUCAUUAUUACACCCGGCGGUAUGAAAAUAGAUACUGGAUAAGGUUGGAGCGGUGAUAUUAUGGGAACCACCGAAGACGCGGCGCCAGCUAUGCGGUUCCUAGGCUUCGCUAACUUUUAUCGAAGGUUCUGUAACGGUCCCAGGAGUAUGUUGCAACUAGCUGGUGACGACUCUACGAGUUUGUCUCGAAUGGAGAGAGAAGAAGAAAAAGAGUGAAAGACUAUGCGAGAUACCUGCCGUCUUAUACCUCCACAUCCUUGGCCUGUGCGCCGAUAUCGAACAAGAUAGAAGUCCACCGAAUCUCGAGUCUUUGGCCGAGAG